CAGUGGAAAGAAUUCCUUUAUCUAUUUCGGCCAAAAUAAAUAUUGGAUUUUUAUUAAAUCCAACUAGUUUUGUGCUACAAAAAUAAUGUUAUUAUUAAGUGUAAUAUUUAAUCUAAAAUAAAAGAGUGGAAUCAUUACUUACUUUUGUUAACAUGAGAUAUUUUCAAUGUUUCCUUGCUGUAGCUCAGAUCAUCUUGUUUAUAAUAUCCUAUAUCUAUGCCAUCGUAACCAAAGAAGUGACGUUGUUCGAAGGAUUGGUAAUUGAAAAAUUGACAGACGAUGUAGCUCAUUUUUCUCUGACGUUCAGUAACGUAUUUAACAUAGCCACCGUAAUUUUUUACAAGCAUAGCGGUAUAUUAAAACUUCUGGAGGACUUGACAACAGUGGACAGGACCCUGAACCAUAAACCCGAAAAUAAUUGUUGCAAGUACAAAGUAAACGUAUUACAACUAUUUGCACUUGUGGUGUUCAUUGCCGAUCUGGCUUUUGGAUUUCAUAUAUUGGGAACUACAAUGUAUUUCCGAUAUUUUUUGCCAAGAUAUUUACAAGCUAGCCAACUAAACGCUAUGAUUUUUAUUGUUGCAUCAAUAAUGAAGGAGAUCACUGAUAGAUUUGAAUUGUUAAACGGACUUUUAGGUCAAAUGAAACAGGAAAGACUCAAUGUAAUUGAAGGACCUGAUUCUGCUAGGAGAAACAACAAGGAUGAUGUCUACUCAAAUAUUUCAAAUCCGGAUGAAGAUCGUGAAAAUGAUUGUACAAACUGUCCCUGUGAAAAGCUGUAUCAGCUGAGAAAAGCCCACAUAUUCUUAUGCAAUAAAGUCGACGAAUACAAUGCGCUGUUUGGAACUGUUCUAUUAUUUUUGCUGUUUGUAAUUACUGUAGUUUGGCUGGAUUGUACUGUAUUCUUCGCCUCCAUCCAUAUAUUACGUGCCAACGCAGCAAGAUUCCAUUUCGAUCAGGGACAUGGCAUGUUGUACUUUAUUUUGAUUGGUAUCUUUUGGAUAGUUGGGGCUUUGAUUCAAGCAUUUGCACUGGCAUCAACCGGCGAAAAGCUCCUAAACGAAAGUAGUAACACUUCCAAAACCUGCGCCGACAUUCUGGCCAAUAUCCGGCCAGUAAAAACGCCCGAUUUGGAUAGAUGCUUCAGAAGAGAGCUGGAAAUGUUGUUUUGACAGAGUUCUUUAAAAAAAUCCUGCGUUUCGGCUGCGGGAUUCUUCGAGGUCAAUAAUAAAAUGCUAGGUGUCAUGGCAGCGAAUGUUUCAUCGUAUUUACUCAUCAUUCUUCAGUUUUUAACUCAACAUACAGAAUAAAAUAUCAUGU